AUGCCGAAACGAGUGCUGUGCUCAUAUGGUAUCGAUAUUGAUGCAGUAAGCGGAUGGCUGAACACCAAAAAUGGAGACCCAGCCAAUCCAACCGAUGUAUCCCGCGGCGUCUUUGGUGCAACCGUAGGCAUUGACCGCUUACUCAAGCUCCUAAACAAGUACCAGAUCAAAGCCACUUGGUUCACACCAGCGCACACAGCAGAAUCAUUUCCAGAACAGAUCCGCAAGAUAAUCGACCAAGGUCACGAGAUAGGCCUUCACGGCUACACCCACGAAUUCGUCUCGACACUCAGCGAGCAACAGCAACGAGACGUAUUAGCAAAAAGCAUUCAAGUCCUAACUGACUUUGUUGGUAAAAAGCCCCGAGGGUGGACAGCUCCAGCCUGGAGCACCAGCAAAGAAACCGUAGCUCUCCUUGAAGAAUUUGGCAUCGAAUACGACCACUCCUUCAUGCACCACGACUCCCAACCCUACUACCUCCCCUCCCCACACCUCACCACCUCCACCACCACAAACACCUCCAAACCCGCCUCCGACUGGAUGACCCCGAUGACGUCCCUGAUCCCCUCCUCCGUCGUCGAAAUCCCCGCAAACUGGCACUUGGACGACUGGCCGCCCUUCCAGCUCUCGCUUUCCCAAGCGAGCACGCACGGCUACGUCGACACAGCUACUAUUGAGCGGCUGUGGAAGGAGCAGUUUGAGUAUCUGUACCGUGAAUGUGGGGAAGGGGAGUGUUUUGUUUUCCCGAUUAGUAUUCACCCGCAGGUUAGUGGGAAGCCGCAGGUGCUGCUGCUGCAUGAGCGGUUUAUUGAGUGGGUUAAUGGGCAUGAGGGGGUGGAGUGGGUUACGAUGGAGCGGGUUGUGGAUGAGUUUAAGGCGGGGAGGGUGGGGGGUGCGAGGGUGAAGGGUGGGGUUGGUGUGAGGGCGAAGUUGUGA